AUGAAUCCUAAACCAUCUGCAAUGUCUCCACCGGUUCCAGAGGGGGUAUGGCCUCUUGGCGUCGAUACGCACAACACCUACCCAUUAGACCUAGCUUCCCAGUACAUGGAUUUCGGAGACGAGUACGCGAUCAUUGCAAGUGACCCCGAGGCCGAGUGGACCAAAGUGACCCUUGACCCUGCUGCUCCACCACAACUCUCUUUGGAUACCCAGACAGUGUUAAAUUCUACCAACGACGAAUUACGGAAUACCUUCACCGAUUUCAGUUCUGAGGGCUCUUCUCAAGGCUCUCCGUCGUCAACGCUGAGCCAUGUGUCACUGUUGCCAGACUUUGUCCAUCCCCUUCCACCUGCCAUAGAUUCGGCAACCACCGAGUUUCUUCAGGUGAACGGUGUCUUUACACUCCCGAGUGAACGUCUUCAAAGUGCCCUCUUGCAAUCUUUUGUCGAAUGCGUACUGCCUUCCAUGCCAAUCGUUGAAUGGCAGGAUUUUCUCAAUUCGAUUUACGGUCGGGGUGGCCAUAGCCCCAUUAGCUUGCUCCUAUUCCACGCCGUGAUGUUUUCCGCGACUACAUUUGUUGAUUUGAAACACCUAAAUGAGGCGGGAUAUUCGAAUAGGCGGGAAGCACAUGAAUCAUUCUUCCAGAAAGCAAAGCUUCUCUACCAAGCAUGCUACGAAGAAGACACCCUCACCAUCGUGCAAUCCAUGCUCCUCCUAACCCACCGCGCUGACGCUAAAGACGGUGAUGACAGCAGCCACUGGAUCGGAAUAGCAAUAUCCAUGGCCACAUCCAUCGGCCUCCUUCAAGAUCCGAACGGCACCAGAAACUUUCACCACAGCUCUAGACUCUGGAAGCGAGUCGCCUGGGCAUGCUACACAACAGACUGUCUCAUUUCACUAAGACUCAGAUGCCAACCAAAUAUCCCCAGCAUCGGCUUUUGUCACCAGACUCUAACAGAAGACGACUUUGAGCUAUACAGUCUCCCCGAAGAUAAUUGGAUCCUGUCACCGAGCUGCACAGUAGCAUACGACGCCAACGUUCAGAGAGAACUUGCGCGUAUAUACAUUGCAAAUACGCGUUUAUGUGUCUGUAUCAGCGAAGUUCUCGAUUUCAGGGGCAAGGCCAAUCACCUUUACGCGUCGGCCGAACCAAUAAUUUCAAGAAACAGAGAUAGCCUCGACAAAGCCACGAGAGUCUCCAUUUCAGAAUACAAACUAGCAGAUUGGGCUGACUCCUUACCAUCCUCCUGCCACGCCCCCUCUUUGGAGUCCAGCAACAUCAACGAUCCGACAAUCGCCGUGCAGCGCAGUCUUCUCCACCUGCAGUUCUAUACGACCAUCGCGAUUUUGCACCAAAUGCAACCCUUCCAAUCAUCCAAGUUCUGCGUCCAGCAUGCUGCGAGUCAAAUUACGUUGAUUGCGUCGGAAUUAUAUGAAAAGGGGCUGCAUGAUCGAUUGUCUAUUGUUGGUGUCACGGCGAUUCUCGUGGCGCUGAUUAUUCACAUGUCUAAGCUGAAGGCGUCACCAUCGUCCGAGAGAUACCAGGCUAUCAAGAACUUCCAGUCGUGUCUUGACGUGAUGGUUAGUUUAAGGGAUGUUUAUUGGGAGGCUGCGAGUGUUACUGAGUGGGCGUCGAAGGCGAUUGAAAGCGUUGUUUUUGAUGGGGUUUUAGAGUUGGUGGAUUGA